UGGCCGCCGUUUGUUGUUUAACGGGUGAUUUCGCCUUGGAGGUUCACAGCCCGUAAAUAACAGUUUUUUACCUGUUACGCUGGCUAUGCUCUGUUGAACAGCUUUUCUGGUUUCAUGAUGGAAACGUUAAGGUUUCUUUUAUAGUCUUCCUGGACAAGAAUUGUGCUUGAAGCCAAGUUUGAAGUCCUUCAAUCUGUCCAAAAAUUUGAUUGUACAGAGUUCGGUUUGGAACUAUCUGCAAGAAGUACUUACGAUGUGGAUCUCCUCAUUUUGCCGUAAGAUAUUCUAUCGAAGUGGGAUUUUAGAAACUCCAUGACGUCUCUUGAAUCAUAAUUGACGAGUCGAGAUACACUGCAGUUUUUAUCAUAUGUACACAUUAGCGAAUGGUUGUCCUAGGAGACUGAUUGGACGUCUAAUAUUUUGUCGAAUCCAGUAUUGUGCUUUACUUUGAGAGCUAGAAAAGAAACAAAUCGGUACAAUUGUACAAAGAAGGGUCAAAGAGUGAGCCAGGUGUCCUCAAAGACAUGGAGGUGAUAGAUUUAGAGAAAAAGGCAAUGGAAGACACCAUGGAAGAUCAUGGUAUUUACAACUCGAAUGAUGAAACUGUUAAUGCUGAUGCCAGCGACAAUGUGACCAAUGGUGAAGUUGAUGAAAUAAAACAAAACCAGUGGCAGUUUUCAGAUGAAGGUCCUAUUGAGUAUGAGAGCGACCCUUCAUCUGAUGUUGACAAGAACUACUUUAGUGAUGAAGAGUCUCUCACAGGGAGUAUGGAUGGAGGAUUAGAGGAGGAUGAAUAUGCAUCUGAUCCAAUUGCUCAGCAGACAAGACAGGAGAAAUUACAGCGUUUAGCUUUGAGACGUCACCUUGACCAACUUAGUGAACAAGUAUUGGAGAAAGACUAUCUUGUCUCCCAGUUCAGAGAGGAGCUUAAGAAAUGUCAAGAGCAUAUUGAUGAACUCCAGAAAGAUAAAGAUUUGGUCAGUGGUGAGAUCGAAGAAGCAGAAACUCAAAACAACAUGGCAUCAUUCUACAGACUGCAGUCAUGCCAUGAUAAAUUAUGUGCAGAAAUUGAUGCUGAAAAAGAUGUGGAAAGAGAAAUUCUAAACAGACUUGAAGAGGCAGAAUUUGCUCUUGCACAAGCCACAGUUGAACAAGGAAAAUUCCUCCUUGCUGGGCAAGAACUUGAAAAAGAGGAGAAACUUGUGGAGAAACAAAAAGCUGAGUGGUCUGCUGUUCGUCUACGAAAAGAAAAUAUGAGUGCAGCUGUGGCAGAGAGGAGAAGACGUUUGAGAGAGAAAGAGCACAUAUCUGCUCUAAGAGAGAGGGAAAGAAAACACAGACAAGCUAUUGCUGCUGCCAAACGAAACAGAGAACAGGCAUCCAAGUUUCUUAAAGAGACAAUGUCCAGAGUUCGUCAGAAGGAAGCAGAAGAAGAGGAACAUUCUCGUAGAAAUAUGGAAGACAGAAUGCAGGCCAUACUUGGUCUUAAAGGCAACAUUGAAGCUAACAAGGAAAACCUCAGGGCCUUGCAAGCCCGCGAUGCUAAGUUGAGACAGGAAAAAGAAGAGGAGGAAUUGCAGGAGAGACAGGAAAUUUUUGCUGAAGGAUUAAAUCCUGAUGAAGAGUUGACACGAAGAAAAAGGAUCAGACAGUUUGAAAAGGAUAAAGAAGAAUAAGCAGGAGACGUCCCAAACCGAAAUUUUUCAAAUCAACGAGUGGAUCAUCGUCUGUGGAGUACAGCGCAGAUGUGGAAGAUACAGUGGGUCAACAUACACCAGGAAAGCUUGGUGCAGUAUCUUCAGAAGAUGACGAAGAUGAUUUUUCCCCGUAUGGAGAGACGAGUAGAGAUGAAGCCAAGGAAGGUGAAUCAGAGGCCGAAGGAGAAGAACUUGCCCAACCAGAAUUUAGGGGACUAUGGGAAGAAGGUGUUCAUAAGAUAUCUGAGAAGAAGGAGCACAAAUUUAAAUUCGCAACUCACAUUCCAAGUAAAAUGGAACAGGAGAUGAUGGAAAGGGCUCUCAUGAAACAAAGAGCAGGGAUCGUUCAGAAACAAGUAGCUGCUGGAAGAGAAUUUAAGGGUUGUGCUUUUUACAGUAAACCUGAGGUCAUCGUAUUUAAGGACUUUGACGUCGGGAAAUCGUACAAGAAGAAAAUUCUUUUAACAAACAUCUCAUACACCCAGAACUUCUGUAAAUAUGUUGGCAUGUCUCAUAUCCUGAAAGACUUCAUCGAAGUGUUUUUUGAUCCGCCCGGAGUGAUGUCUGCAGGCCUGACUUGUGAUUUUGUCGUGACGUUCAAACCAAUGCUGAAUGAAGACUUGGUGGGGCACAUAGAUUUCCUCGCCCAAACAGGACCCUUUUCAGUUCCAAUUAGAUGUGUCACCAAGAAAUGCCAGAUUUCAGUUGAUGUCACUGAAGUUGAAUUUGGAAGUCAAGUCUUGGGAGAAACCAGAAAGAGAAUUAUAAAUGUUACAAAUAAUGGAGCGUUAGGAACGCAAUUUACGUUCAGAAAGAUAACAGGCUUGGCGAAUUCCCUUUCCUCUUCAGAGCUGAGUUCUCUUGGAGGAAUGACUGUAACGGAUGUAAAUGUAACUCAGCAAGGCCCCAACCAGACAGAGCUACAGGUUCCCCCCGAGGGGAUGGCAGAGGACGCAAAAGAACCUCAGGGGGCUGCUGUAACAGCAAUUCCGGACGGUGAAGCGGCAGACAAGGCCCCGGAGCACAGGUCUGGUAGUACUAUUAAGUUCGAGGAAGGAUUGGCAGCUACUGAGGGGGAUGUUCCCGCCCCUAUAGAAGAGACUGGGGACCAGCCAGAUGUUGAUCUGACCUCAGCAGCACCUCAGACCAUCUCACCAAUCCCAACAGAAGCCUCUAUAUUAGAAGGUCUCAGAGUAGGAAAGCUUUCUUCUGGAGAAAUCGCUCCGUUCUCUUUAGUCCAGGUGGAAGUGGUAUUUAAUCCUACCAAGUCAGGGAACGCUCUCGCCGAGUUUGAGAUAGCCUUUUCAGAUCCCCUCUCACCCCCGAUAGUAAUCCGAGCACGAGGAACUGGAAUUGAUGUCCCUGUCUGGGUGGAGAGAGAGGUCGUCGACUUGAAGAUGUGCAUGUACGACCGACUGUAUCAAGACGCAAUACUUGUCAACAAUAGAGCCACUUCAGCUCUCAGACUAAAGUUUGAAGUUUGUAAAGAACUAAGGAAUCACUUGGAACUGCUUCCCAAGACAGCUUACAUACAAGCUGAGUCCCAGUUCUCCGCGCAGCUCAAGUUCCUUCCGCGACAAACGCUGCCAGAUGACUGUCCAACAUACUUUGAUGAAGAGAGCAGAUUGCUCGAGGCCCCUAUGGUCAUACGUGUCGCAGAUCAGACGCGGCCAGUUCCGUUCACAGUGAGAGCGAUGGUGACGUCAUCAGACAUCGAGUUUGACGUUCGAGUCAUCGACUUUGGUUUCUGUUCAGUGCUGGAGUCAGUCAGACGGACAGUCACCUUAACUAACAAGUCUGUAUUACCUCAGCAAUUUGGAUUUUGUGGAGUACCUGAUACGGUUGAUGUUCAGCCUAAUGAUGGAUUCGGUACCCUGCUGCCUUUGGAAAGUUUUGAUGUGGACAUCAUGUUCAACGCCAAAAAAGCUAAAGAAUACGAGUUUGAUCUAACCUGUAAGACUGGCAUUGGCCGCGAGUUCAAACUUCACUGUAGAGCAGUGGGCGUCCUUCCUCCACUGGAACUCUCUCACUCUGUGAUCAAAAUGAAAGCCACAGCUGUCUCGGAUACAUGCGCAGCUCACAUUGAAGUCAUCAACUCGCACACCAGCGCAAAUGAAUUCACCCAUCCAGUGCCCAGAAUUGGCUCAGGUCCCAUUGUAGAGGUGGGCCCCACGUCGUUCGAAUUUAUGGUCCCUGCUGAUGCACCCCUGACUGUGUCCCCAGCAGUUGGCACCGUCAACCCGGGAGAGCGCUGUUUGGUUCAUGUGACUUUCACUCCCCGUAUGGAUCCAAAUAUGGUUCGACAAGAGGCCGUGCGUAUGAUGGAACGAGAAGCUGAAAGUGAAAGAAAGAGACUGGAACUAGCGUCACCUCCAGAGAAGCCUCAGGAGCAAAAUACAGGACAGAAAAAGAAAGGUGGCAAAGCCCAGGCUGGAAAGAGUGCCAAGGCAUCACCAAAGCGAGGAAAUACGCCGAGCAACACCAGCCUCGCCGCUACCACCCAGUCUCCGACCAAAACUUUCACUGUCGCUGAUGUAAUUGACGGAUCCAGUGAAUACGAGUCAGCCCACUUGGCUUUACUCAGGACUUAUCAGAAUGCGUUCUCUAGAUACUUGAUUCCCUGCUUCGUUGCCCCGGGGCGAUGUACCGAACCUAACUCCUUGUCAUGCAGUGUUCACAACACGAUCUAUUUAGAAGUACACUGUCCGGCCGUGCGGCCUCAUUUGGUGGUCGUUUCUGAUAGUGGAAGAUCUGUUAUAGACUUUGCAAAUGUGUCCCUCGGUCGAUCGGAGAUAAAAAGCUUCACCAUUCAAAAUAUUUCUGACGAACCUAUAAAGAUGAGCUCCUCGUUAUUAGAUCCUCACGGUCCUUUUCAGAUGUUGAACGCGUUAAGGACCCUGGAUCCCCAAGCGACUCAUAAUGUGAUUGUGUCGUUUGGUCCUAACGCCCCCAAAGAGUUCCAUGAGGUCUUAGAAGUGCGGUGCCCCCGGAAUACAGUAUACCUCAGGCUAAAAGGAAGGGGGGUGCAACCUGUCAUCUCUCUGUCAGUCGAGGAUGGUCUGCUGGAUUUAGGAGACGCUCUUGUUGGUGACACGAUCUCGUCCAGUUUUAAGAUAUCUAACACUUCAGAGCUGUCAAUCACCUAUUCACUACAGCUUGACAGCCUAUCUCCAUUACGUCACAGCCGAGCGCAAGUGUUACCCAGGUUCCUCCCGCCAUUUAGCGAGAUGCCAGAAACUCAACAACAUGCGUUAGGUCCGUCGAAUUACAAUGGAAUGGCUGUAUUUGACUGUGUUCCUGCUCAAGGUGCGAUCGGUCCAGGCGAGUCGAAAGAGAUCACAAUAUCAUUCAACCCGGAUCAUCCAAGUGAACUCUACGCCGAUGAAGUCUCAGUAGAGAUAAACAACGGGGAGCAGCCCUACUCUGUCCGACUACUGGGCCGCGCCUGGGCAAAUAUUGUGUACCUGAGGGGCUGGGAUGAGUUGAUGCCGAGAGCCGAGUCACUGAGAGCGGAAGUGGAGGAGGAAGAGGAAGAAGAGGUAAAAGCAAUCCAGAAGACAGUUUUGUUAACAAUGAAGAGCGUAUCAACCCCUGAUGGAUUUAAGGCUGUGGAAAGAGCAGUAGAAAUUGGCUGUAUUAAGUCCAGUAUACAAACGAAAAAGUCAAGUGACUUUUAUUUCGACAAUCCCAAGGAAGCUAACGAACUGGGAUUCACCUUUGAGCCUCAAAAGGCAGGAGUUGAUAUUGGAGUUAAAAAGAACAUUGUGUUUCGGUGGCAACCGCCAGCAGGGCAUGACCCCAAUGAACCUGUUAAUACCAGUACUAUGUUGACAGUUAAGAGUGACGUAACAACCCAAUACAAGAUACUUCUUCAAGGACUAAUUACAACUGAGCAGAGAGACCCGGAUGUUAGUGGUGGGGUGGCGUCUUUAGCGGAAGACACUUGAACUUUCUUACAAGCGUGUUCUGAAAUGUUUUUAUUUUUGUAAAUUUGUGUCAUACGAAAUGUUGCACCCGUAAUACUUCAAACGUUCUAACAAGUCUGUGGGGGUUUAUUUAAUUUAAUUAGACGACAGUUCUAUUUAAAUUUAAUUGGGAGCCCUUGUUUUAACUGCUGAACAGCAGCCCAAUUUUGAUAAAUUCCGUAAACUAUAUGUAUUUCUUUGGUUGGAAAACCAACGACAUUGAAAACUGAAAGUAAUUCAACGCUUCCCAACCUGAAUGAAUAACAACACCACAACAUUACCAUUAGUAUAAUGUGAUUUCAUUAUUUUGGAAGCGAAUUUCCUUAGUGUCCAGAGUAAUUCGAGAUCACUUUGAUUUUGCUUUACUUCACUCUUUGAGUAGUUCAGGAACUGGCGCCACGUGUGAGUUGUUUGGUAUCUGUGGUCCCGUCGAGGCAGUGCGUAUAAGAUUGUUCCAUUGCGUCAAAAGUCCGUAUGAUUGGACCACAGGCAAAUUGUAUGCGAUACUUGGUAUACGUGCUGUGGAAUCGAAAGGAUUAUGACAUUUUACCCGAGUGUGUAAUUAUUUAUAUCACAGGAUGUAUUCGGUAUUUACCCACUAAUUAUUCGUUUAAGUAAAAAAUUUGUACUUUUGUCCUCUUGAAGUCAGAUGUAAUGCAGUGUUGGUUCGAUCUGUAGCACGCAGUUACAAGCAGUUACAAAGCUGCAUUUACGAUGUGAAAAUAAAGCUUUAGAAGAAAUG